GCCCUCUCUCUUCCUCCUUCCGUUUGCGAUGGGAACCGCGUCGGCCUCAAAUGGACGGUCAUCUCCUCUAAUUAUUUCUUGGUGGUGACGGAGGCAUGGAGAGGAGACGUGUUGUGUCAGGGAGUCUGUCUGUUCUUGAUGGGAGAUAUCGGCACCGAGUUCACUGGGGAGAAGGGGAUCGCCGAGAACCUGCCGGGGAGGAGAGAGGAGGAAGUGAUGGUUUGGCGCAGAGGUCUAUGUGGAAGGAUAUGCGAUGGGAAGAAGGUUAUUGGAAUGGGAUCAACGUCGGAGAGGGAUGGUUGCCUGCAGCAACAUCAGAAGCUCCGCCACAUCGUCACUCUCCUCUCGCAGCUCCGCCAUUUCGACCAUGCACCUCAGAACCUUCGAUUGCCUCCGGCAACUAUGGUUGUUGCGAGAAUCUCUCUGUUGAUAGAGAUGAGAUUUGGAGCUGCAGAGUUCCUCCGUCGCAGUUUUAGGUAUUUUCCCUCUUUGUCUAUGAUCUGUGCACUGGUGCAUCAUGUGUCGAACCACAACAUAGAUCGAGAGCAUCAAGUCUCCGAUCGAGGUCUAAGUACGCCAGUACCCUGCAUCUGCUUUUGCGACUACAUUCAUCUACCUUUAGAGCUAGCGGUGUGGAGUUUGGUAGCUGAAACUGUUCAUGAUCGAUUGGUGGGCGGCUGGAACUGUUGUUUAGCGGUGAGGAGGAUCGCAAUGGGAUGUUUCUGUGAUUGUAUGGAGAAUCCAUCUCUCCGUUGCAGCUACUGCAAUUGGAUGGGCAAGAAGCGGUGACCUGCUAAUCGAAUUUCUUCGAGGUUUCUAUACUUGUGUUCAUUCGAGUGAGGUUCACACAAGUUGGGGCUUGUGACUUUCAGUGACACUUCUAUUCUCCGAUUUCUCCGUGGAUGCUUCCAUGUAUUCAGGUUCUUGCGCAAGUUGCAGCAUGUCCACCCCUUGAUGACGAGGAAGAGAAUUUGUUCAACAUGAGGGUACAUCACUGAAAAGGUACUCAUGGGCUCACUAUUGAAGCUGUAUAGUGAUCUCAGUGGGGCAUGCGAUGACUAGGAAAAAGCCUUGCAAGAGUUGAGUUGCCUUAAACAACAUCCACUAGAAAAAGGUCUUUUGCUAUUACAAUGAUUCAGGCUGUUAGUUGUGCGCUUUUCUUAUUGAAAUGAUUCUUUUGUACAAUCAGGGAUGGGAAUUGGUUGACUUUUAAUGUUUCUCAUGUAACAUUGCUCAUGCUAGAGAACUUAUGGCCUUGACUUUCUGUGCAUUUUUUUGCCAUGUGUUUGGCUGAUUUCUUCUGAAGAUCUACUAUGUUUUUUUUUGUUAAUUUAAAAGUGAGGGGAAUGUUGGAAAAUGGACCCAGACUACCAAAUUGUAGAACUUUGUUAAGAGCAUCAGAAGGCUCAGAUGUUACGGCUGGAUAAAACUCGCAAGCAAACUUUUAGAAAUCAGAAUGGUGUUUUAAUGGUCACUGGAAAUUAAAGGAAGACUGGAAGGCAACAGAAGGCUGUGGAAAGCGUGAUCCUUUUUUUUAUAUCCACUAUGUAUAGGAGAUUUAUGAAAUUGAAUGUGAUGAGGGUUGAUAAUUGGUUCUUUAGAUGUUGUAUGGAGUUCUGAUUAAGAUAGGAAUACCGUGUUUGCACCUUUUUUAUUGCUUUCAAAGGCGAGCAGGGUAGUAUGCUUUCUAAGUAGAAUUGGAAUGUACAAGUCUGUCUGUAUCUACUGCUUUGCUGCAGUAUGCAGACUCUUUUUUUGUUCUAUGUAUAAUAUAUAUAUUUUGAUUUAGUAGAGUGUAUGAUGAGAG